AUGGCAGAAACUCUUCCCGAAUCUUGGGCAAACAUCGUGUCCCUUGGAAAAUCCAAGAAAGUUAUUCGCCCUUUGUCUGUCUCUAACAAUUUGGAUUCUCAAUUCAAGUUACAAAGUAAGGUAAUCUACCAACAUGAAAUCCUUGACAGCAUCAUCAGAAUGCAGCAGGCUACCGCAAUCGUGAAACAGGCCUUGACACCUGACUCUGCUCUUUUCUCCUUUCCUGCUUCUUUACUCGAACAUCGUACCGAAGCAUAUAAGCUUAUUGAAACGCAAUGUGGGCCGGUCCAUGGUUUCCGCCCAAUCAGUAAUUAUGGCUCGAGCUUAAAUGGUGAUCUUUUGAUUGAAGUCAAAUUUGUUGAUGACUCAAGUCUUGAAAAGGCAAUUUUUACUGGUGUUACA